AUGGGGGGCAAGCGCGCCGCACCCAGCGGCCCGGGGGGCGAGGGGUCGGCUCCCCCGAAGCGUGCCAAGCCGGGCGGGUCGCUGCAGCACGGCGACGGGCUCGGCGACAACGCCGGCGCCGGGGCGGGCAGGCAGGAGCAGCCGGCGCCCAUCGUCGCUAUCGCGGGAGCGAAGGCGCCGCCGAGCGCGAAUGACGCGGUGAACGCCAGCUUCGAGGAGAUCGACGUCGACGACGAGGACAUCGACUGGGCGAAGGAGGACGAGGAGGAGGACGAGGAGGACGAGGACGAGGAGGAGGAGGAGGAGGAGGAGGAGGACGAGGACGAGGAGGACGAGGAGGAGGACGAGGAGGACGAGGAGGAGGAGGAGGACGAGGAGAGAGCGGUAGGCAAACGCAGGAACAAGAAGGCGCUCAACAAGGCCGAGGACACGUGGGUGGAGAACAAACUGCAAGCGCUGGACCCCGGUGGCGGUCCGGACAGCACGUGUGCGAAGGCGCUCAGGGACUACGCCGCUUUCAUGAAGACCACGUACUUGUCGUGCGUCAAGAUGGACGCGCGGCCGAAGUUCAAGCACAGGCCUGACCAGCUCAAGCUGAGUCAGGCGGCGGUGCGCUUCCCCCAGCUCGCGGACUGCUGCUACCCGCAGCUCAAGCUCACGGACGGAGGCGGCCCGGUGUACCCUGUCGUCAUCUCGGACCACUACGACGACGAGCCCCUGCCGCUGAGCAGUGCUUCCCCGGACCGAAUCGAGAAUCUUACGCACGGGGCUGCAAUCGCGAAGGGAGCGAUCGUCCUGACCGAGAUCGGGACGAACAAGAUGCUGGGGGACACGGUGGAGAUGUACGAGGACCUCGCGGGGUGGGACGAGCUGGCGCUGCUCGUGGGCGACGCGAGAGGACGGGCUCAUAUCAAGGAGCAGUACGAUCGGACCAAGAAGGGCGUGAAUCCGAUCGCCAAGAUCAUGCGGGAGACGCCCGGGCUGGAGGCGACGCUCAUGCAUUUGAUCUACAAGGCGGUGCUCAAGGCGUGCAACAACGACGUCAAGCAGGGGAGGAGGCCGGAAGGUCAAGGCAUCCCCGACGAGGAACUGCGCUCGAUCGUCUGGAAACUGUACGACGCCUACCUGGAGGAGCCCGACGGGUUCGUCGACCCGUUGGCGCCGAACGGCAUGGCGGUGAUCAUCGCGCACCGCUGCGGCGUCAAGGGCAGCAGGUUGCCGGGAAACCUGCUGCAGAUAACCCCCGAGAGGAGGGACCCGGCGGGGCGUCACGACGUCGACAACGUCGGGCUCGCCUGCGUGGGCCUCAACGCGCUGAAGGAUCUCCGGAAAAAAGACGAGGGGAAGGAGCGCAUCGAGCGCACCUGCCGGGGCCACCUGAAGCGCCGCAUCGAGGGCGCGGACGAGCGGCUGGUCAAGCGACUCAAGAUCGGGCAGCCGAGCGACCAGCGCUUCAUCUUGCGCCCGCACGACGGGGUCGGCAUCUGUGCCAACGUCGAGACACCCGAGUCGGUGCAGGGGCGCUGCGACCACGUGCUCGCGAAGGUCGAGGAGAGGUCCCGCGCUGGCCUCGAGCGCUACGACAAGUACGCGACCGUGACGGGCGAGGUCGAGCGUAAGAGGCCUCUGAGCGUGGCCCUCCGCGUCGAGUGGUGCCGAUGCCCGCACAGCCGCUGGUGCGUGCGGGUGACGGGGCUCGACCGGGUGGAUGAUACGGAGGAGUGGAGGUUCCUCGGACACGACAAGAAGCACUGUCUGAACCUCGCACGCACGCCGGCAUCCUUCGAAGAAUUCGCAGACGCGCAGUGGGAGUACGUGCACUGCGUCAAGUGCGAGACACAUCGGGAACUGCGCGAUCCGGACAGCGAAAGCAAGCGCCGGGAGGGGGCGCGCGGCUUUUGCCAGCCUUGUUACCAGAACCUCUUGAACAACGAGGCCAGGGUGGCUGCCGCGCAGUGGUUCGACGCGCAUGGACCGCGGCGAGACCCCAAGAGCGAAGCCUCCAGAGAGGAGAAGAUCGAAGCCCGCGUCAAGGUGUUCGAGGAACUCGCAGAGAAGCAUGACCACGAAUUCGUCGCGAGCGAGAUCGCGGAGCAGUGUCCGCACAAGGUCGAGCCUGAGGACGAGCUGCGCCCUUUCGAGUCGACUGUCUUUCUUCGGAAGCUGAUGGCCCUGCAGGCCGCGGCGCGGGGCUACCCCGAUGCGAAGACCGCGGUCCUGUCUAUGCUCGGCUUUGUUGAUCCUGUACCAUCCAGCGUACCAGCGCAGCUGCUGAAGGCCAAGGCGGAGUUCCACGAGGACAACGUCGACGGUGCGGUGGUGGAGGUCAGUAAGAAGGUCACGGUCGAAUUUUAUGACCCAGACAUCAACAAGGUCAGGCACGCGCGCAAAGGAUGCCCUCCUUUGGUGAAGAAACUUACCGAGUUCAUGAACGCCGCGCUCAGCGAGCACCAGCUCGGAGCCGUCAACUUCAAGAUUGAUAUCGCUUCGUUUAUGUCAGGCGCGCUGUCCUUCGGGCCAGUUGCGCCAGGGACGGGUGGCACGGCGGAGAAAGUUCCCGACCAUGUGCCGGACCGUCACGACGUUCUGUAUGCCGCUGGCAGGGCGAAGGUCGACUCGGACGGCUUGUUCACCAUGUGCGACGAAAUGAUCGACUUGGUCUUCUCGGCGAACAAACGCAUUCUGGACAACGUCAAGCUGGACGUGCCAGGUGUAGAAGCAAGUUUGCCAACGUUUGACGUUGUCGAGUACGGCGACACGACGAAACAGGUCAUCGCAACGUCGGACGAGCUGACGAGCGACCGCCAUCUUCCGUUCGACGUGAUCGUGCACGUCUGGGUGAGCCUGUGGAAGGAGUACGUGUGGCCGAUCACGUCGCAGACACGCGGCAUCGUGGGCGCCCACGGCGGAGAGUCAUUGAAGAAAACGAAGCAAGUCAAUCUCAAGCAGGUCGCGCAGAGGGCGUAUCGAUACCUGCGGACACGCGACGCGGCGAUCGCCGAGGCGAAGACGGCGGUCGAACGCAAGUUGAACCAGACUGCAGGACCCUCCUCCAAGCGGCGGCGCACCGUUCAGGUCGUCAAGCUGCUCUAG